AUGGCUUCGCACUGGUAUAUCCAGCCGCCCAUCUUUGCCCCCGUGCCACAACACAUCUCUGCCCCGGCCGCCGUCACCUACACUCUUGUCCCCUACGUUGGCAGCCCGGUGGCGGCGGCGGCGGCGGCGGCGGCGUCUUGGCCGGGUGUUCAGAUCAACAUCGUGCCGUGCCAGCCCGCGGCGCCGGCACCACCAGCAGUGGAAGCAGAACCAGCGGCGGCGGACGCGGCACCGCCGCCGAUGUCGGGGGCCCUUGCGAGCCCUGCGAUCUCUCCGGCCCCGGCUGCUCCCGCACUUAUCCCAGCCCCGGCCGCGACAGCGGGCAUAACCGUCCGCAUCGUCCUCCACGGCCGCGCCCAGCAGGGCCUCUGGACGCGCGUCGCCGACGUGCCCUACCGACACGACGGAGGCGCCGGCCUCCCCGACCCGGCGGGCCUCCGCGCCGCCGUCGCCCGCGCCUCGCACGUCCACUUCCCGCCCGACGGCCGCGGCCGCGGCCUUCUCCGCCACGCCGACGCCGACAUGGCCCCGCCGACGCUGCAGCUGUGGGCCAUGCGGGCCGGCGCCGUGCUGCACAUGCUGCCGGGAGACGCCGGCGGCGGCGCGCUGGCGGUCCCCGAGGUGGAGAGGGCGCUGGCGGUGUGUGCCGAGGCUCCGGACGGCCAUGACGAGGGCAACGCCGAGGCGGAGGCGGUGCGCGAGGUGUUCGAGGAUGCGAGGGACAGGGGUCUCGGCGUCUUCCUCCUCGUCAACAUGGACGGCGACGAUAGCCUGGGCGUGCCGGGCCACGGGGGACGCAGAAUCGGCCCGCCGUGA